AUGCAGUUCACACGCUGUGGCAUUCAUGGAUUCCAUGAGGUUCUCGGGAUUGAUGCCGAUGAGCUGCGCUUCUACUGGGCACUGGAAAGCAAUGUCGAGAGUUCUGUCCAAAUUGCCUACCGUAUCAUCCUGGCAACGGAGUCAAAGCUUCUUGAAGCAGCCGACCCAGACGUGUCUCGUCUCGCGUGGGACUCUGGUCGCGUGGAAAGCAAUGAACAACGCAACAUAUUGUGCAAGCCGUCCGGUGGCUUCAAGUCUACCUGCAGUUACUUCUGGCAGUCCACUAUGGCCCAAUCCAGCAUUUCUUCACGGGCUAUCCUAGAUCCCGUCUGUUGCCCCCCUUAUAGCAUGAACCAAACAUACAUGCCACACUCCAGCCUCAUCUUCCGUACAUGGUUUGAAGAUGAAGCAAACAGAUGGAAGGCUGUCUGGAUUGGAGAUGGAGGCGACAAACCCAUCUAUCUACGAAAGUCAUUCCAAUUAGCAAAGCAGCCCACUCGCGCUAUCCUCUUUGCUUCUGGUUUGGGCCACUUCAAUAUGAGUGUCAAUGGGCAGCCCGCAUCUGAUCAUCGCCUGGAUCCUGGUUGGACCAACUAUCACCGGCGAGUUCAAUUUACAUCUUAUGAUGUGACCUCUCAUCUCAGCGCUGGCGAGAACGCGUUGGGUGCCCAUGUAGGCAACGGAUUCUAUGCCGGUGACCAGGGCGAGGAUCGUUUCUUCUGGCCAAUGUAUGAAGACAACACAUACGUCAGAUAUGGCAACGAGCUUUGCUUCUUCUGUGAACUGCAUCUCUUCUACGAUGAUGGAAGUCAUGACACACUCAUCUCCGAUCCCACUUGGAAAGUGCGGAAAAGCGCAACUACUCUUGCCAAUAUCUAUGCAUCGGAGAAUCACGAUCGUCGGCUUUACCCCACUAACUGGGAUAUGCCGACAUUCGAUGAUAGCAAUUGGGCUCCAGCUAAGCCUUUGACCGGUCCCAGAGGUCACAUCUUUUACCAGACACAGCCACCGGUGGUGCUGCAUGAAACCUUCCAGCCUGUGAAGACCUACAGCCCCGAAGAUGGGGUUGUGUGCUUUGAUCUUGGUCAGAAUGCAUCAACUAUGGUUCAGUUGGUGCUUGAGGGUGCCUCGGGCUCCGAGGUGAUCGUGCGAUACUCUGAGACAGUUAAUGAAGAUGGCACCGUGCUCAUGCCCGACCCUCUUUUCAAACAAUUCGAGACAGGAGUGUUCUCCAGGAUAUAUCUCGCUGGCACUGGAGAGCCUGAGAUGUGGGAGCCCGACUUUAGCUUCACCAGCGCUCGGUACAUCCAGGUUGAGGGUGUUUCAUUGACUGCAGGUGAAGGCCUUCCCAUUGUUCACUCCGUUGUGGGUCGCCAUAUUUCUUCUGCUGCCAGGCGACUGGGCACUAUGAAUACCGACAAGGAAGACGUCAAUGCACUUCUCAAUGCUUGCUAUUGGACAUUCAACAGUAACCUCUUCAGUUACCACACCGAUUGCCCACAAAUCGAGAAGUUCGGCUGGCUGGAGGUCACCCAUCUACUCGCACCUGCAACACAAUACAUUCGCGACAUGGAGUCUCUCUACACAAAGAUUUUGGAUGACAUCCUUGAUACCCAGGAGCCCAACGGUCUCGUGCCAACCAUGGCUCCCGAGAUCCGCUAUAUGUGUGGCCCCCUUCAUGAUACGAUCACCUGGGGCUGUGCUUUGUGCUUCUUGCCAGAUAUCCUGCUGAAAUACUACGGUUCCACUCACGUCAUUGCCAAGGUUUAUCCAGCUGCAGUACGAUACAUGGAAUACAUGAAGACGAAAGAGCGCCGUGGUGGUUUGAUCGAGCAUGGUCUGGGUGAUUGGGGUCGUGAUAUUGCCUUUGGUAAUCACCAGGCUAACAUCGAGACUGCAAUCUACUAUCGAUGCCUUCAGUGCGUUGAGAUGAUGGCCCGGGAGCUGGGCAAGAUGGAUGAGGCUGAGAAGUUCAAUGCAUGGGCAUCUCGAAUUUACAAGGUCUACAAUCAGCACCUCCUUGUGACGGACGAUUCAUCACGUCCAUAUGCCUAUUAUACUUCGUUGGACAACUACCCCGAGCGCGAUCGCACUGCCAUCGGCCAAGCAAUGGCUUUGCAAUUUGGUCUGGUUCCUGCCGAACACCAGACGGAUGUCAUGGCCGCGUUCGUCGACGAUUGCUCUGACGGAAGGAUGCGUGCCGGUGAAAUCGGUCUGCGCUUCCUGUUCAACACCCUUGCAGACGCUAAGCGGCCAGACCUGGUCCUUCAAAUGGCCCGACAAGAAGAGCAUCCCUCAUACAUGCGCUUCCUUCGCCGUGGCGAGACCACGCUCUUAGAGUUCUGGCAGGAUGAGUGCCGCAGCAAGUGUCACGACAUGCUCGGCACCAUCUAUGAAUGGUUCUAUGCCGCCGUCCUUGGCUUGAAGCCCGUGGACAAUGCCUAUCGGACCUUUGAGAUUAACCCUCCAUAUGAAGCAGAGUUUGACUUCGUUGAGGGCGCCGUGGAUAGUCCGUACGGGUUGAUUGAGGUGAAAUUCCAGCGUGAUGCUAAGAAGGUGGUGACUCUGGACCUUCGUGUUCCCUUUGGAACAUCUGCCACCGUAAAGAUUCCCAUGAAUGUACAAAAGGUGGAAGUUACCAGAGAGGGAGGUUUGAAGACCGUGCUGGAUGGUGAAAAUUUGCAAGUUCAACAUGGCAAUUACAAGCUUGUCAUUCAAUCGUCUUAA